CGCCCUUGUGCCCAUCGUCAACAUGCAAAGAAAUGAAGCCUCUGAGGCGCUGAACUGGUUGGCGCGAAACGCUGCAAACACGAACAAAAUGCAUGCCAGGUGUAGGCCUCGUAAUUUCACCUAUGAAAUUUAGACAUAGUAGUAGUUUAGGACCCGGCGGCGAGCUUUGUGACAAGUCGUCGUCAAAAUGCCGGCCAUUUUCUGUCACGCAUGUCUCUCCACCAAUCUCAGCAAUGUCAACGGCAUCUAUGUCUGCGAUCAGUGCGGCACGCAGACUCAGAUGGUGGAGGAGGAGCACGAGGCCUGGGAGAUGGGCACGCACGCGCGCACCCGCGCCGCCGGCAGCCGCGCACGCACCGCCGAGGAGGCGGCGGCGCACGCCGCAGCAGUGGCGGCGGAGUCGGCACGGCAGGUGGCGGCGGCGGCGGCGCGGGCGGCAGCGACGCACGUGCCGUUCAACCCGGGGGCGGUGUCGUGGCGGCUCAAGGCCAUGGCGGGGGUGUACCUGCGAGCGCUGCAGCAGCUGGUGGCGGCCCAGGCGGACGCAAUGGUGGCGGUGCUGGGCGCGCCGCCCGAGGCGCGGGUGCUGCUGAGGAACGUGUGGUUCGGGUUCGUGCCGCUCACGGGGCUGCUGGACUUCGACCCCCGCGCGGCCGACCUGCAGGUGGAGGCGCACUACGACGCCGCUGGCACCCCCGCCCUGGCGCUGGAGGGGCGGCCCCUGGACCCCGCAGACCCCGCACCCGGCGCCACCGCCCGCAAGCCCGCCGUCACAGCCCUCGGCACAACGCAGGGGCUCGCCGCCUCCGCCAGCGCCGCCAGCAGACGCCGCAGCGCCGCGGCGGCGGCGGCCGCUGCGACGGCAGGCGGCGGCGGCGGGGCGGGCGGGGCGGCGGUGGGGCCAGAGGGGUUGCGGCGGUACCACUGGGACGGGCGCGGCUUUGCGGAGUCGGAGGCGGGCACCGCGCCGGACCUGGUGGCGGCGGCGGCCAUCCGCAAGCUGCUGCCGCCCUCCACCACGCAGGUGAUGGUGAUGCUGGCGGCGCUGCUGCUGCGGCUGCCGGUACUGCCGGCGCAGCUCAGCCGCCUGUUCGCGGACGGCUCCAUGCCGCUACUACAGCUGGAGGCCAUGGCGGCCCCGCUGCUGUCCGCCUCCCAGCUCUCCGUCUCCAGCGUCCUCCUGCGCCCCGCCGCCGGCUCCACCGGCCCUGUGUCGCUGCCGCCGCGGCGGCUGCUACUGGGGGCGGCGGAGCUGGCGAGGGUGCUGGGGCUGGCGCUGCCGCCGAUGCACGGGGACGGCGUGCUGCUGCAGCUGUGUGACAGCCUGUCGCUGCCGCGGCCGGUGUACCUGGUGUGUCGCGAGCUGCACCGCCUGCACCUCACGCCCUCCUGCCCGCUGCUGCACCCCGCCGCCGCCGCGCCCCUGGGGGUGCUCCCCCACCUGCCCCUGGCCGCCGUGGUGUUCGCCGCACUGCGGCUGUGCUACGGCCUCGACGGCCGCCGCACUGCUGCCACUGCUACAGCCGCUGCUACUGCCGCUGCUACUGCCGCCGCCGCUGCCGGUGGCGCGUCGGGUGCAGCUACAGCCAGCGCGGGAGCGGGAGCAGCAGCGGGAGCGGGCGCGGGAGCGGGGGCGGGGGCGGGGCCGGCAGUAGCAACAGCAGCAACAGCAGCAGCAGCGGCAGCAGCAGGGGCAACAGCGGGGGUGUCUCAGGGCUGGGCGGUUGAGGAGUGGGCUGUGCCGCUGCUGCCGCACCUGCCGCCGCUGCGGCUGCCCCCGGGCGGCUGGCCGGCCUGGGCGGCGGCUGUGGUGGGGCCGCAGUGGCGCACCGCCACCACCACCGCCCCGUUGACGGCUUGGGAGGCUGCCGAGCUGGGUCAGUCGGAGCUGGUGCGCUACGUGGAGCAGUGUCGCCGGGUGCUGCUGGCGGGACAGGGCCGCGCCACAGACCUGGUCACCACCCGCCGCCGCCGCGACGUGCGAGUCAUACACAAAGCCGUGGAGGCACUGGCGGCGGCGGCAGGGGCCGGGCCGGGGGCAGCGGCGGCGGCAGGGGCGGCAGGGGCGGCAGGGGCAGCGGGGCCAGGCUCCCACGCUGCAGCUCCCGCCGGCCCCGUGUUGGGCCUGGCUAGCCCCACCGCCGCAGCGCUUGCGGGCCUGUCCGCUCUCGGGCCCCAGCCGCCACUGCAGCCGCCGCCGCCAUCGCAACCGCCGCCGCCGUCGCAGCGGGAAACGGCAGCUGCAGCAGCCACUGCCGGCGCCGGCGCCGGCACAGCGCGUCGCGCCGCCGCCGCCGACGCCCCAGCCGCCACCACCGCUGCUGCACCCCCCGGCAGCGGCGGCAUCGCAGACCCCUACGACGACUCUGCCGCCGGCCCCGCGGGCGCGGUGCGCGGCGCCGCCGCCCGCCUGCCGCUCACCUCUGACGGCCCCGCCUUCGGCCCGCCCGACCCAGCCCACUGGCCCGACCCAGCCGCAGUGCUGGCACAGCUCGCGCCGCGCGGCGGCGGUGGCGGCGGCGGCCUCGCUACAGCCGCCGCCGCCGGCGGUGGCGGUGGCUGCGCCGCCGCCGCCGCCUGCGGCGCGGCGGCGGCAGCGGCUCCGCCGCCGCCGCCCUGGCUGGUGGGCCGUGUGGUGUUGCCGGGCGGCCACAUGCAUGUGGACUGUGUGGCGGCCCUGGCGGCGCUGGCGUUUGUGUGUGGCGUGCCGUUUACGGAGAUGGUGCGGUGGGCGCGCGCGCUGCAGCGGACGCUGCUCCUGGCGGACAGGGUGGUGGCGGAGGCGACGGUGUUCCCCUGGGACGGGCCGCAGGUGGUCGCGGGCAAGCGGCGGCGGGCGGAGCGGCGGCGGCGGCGGCAGCAGCAGCAACAGCAAGAGGAGGAGGUGGAGGAGGUGGAGGAGGAGGCUGGGGGAAUGGGAGGGGGGCAAGGGCAUGGGGGCCUGGAGCAGGCGGCGCCGGAGGCAGAGGCAGAGGCGGAGGCAGAGGCGGAGGUGAGCGAGAGCGAGGGCGAGAGCCAGAACGAGAGCGGAGGCGAGGAGGAGGGGGACGCGUUUGUGGCGUUGCUCAAGAGCCAGGACCAGGCGGAACAGGACAGCGAGGAGGAGGGGGAGGGGGAUGACGACGACGAUGAGGCAGAGGAAGAGGAGGAGGAGGAGGAGCAGGAGGAGGAGGAGGAGGAGGAGGAGCAGGCUGGGGGCGGCUCAGCGGCAGCGGCAGCGGCAGCGGCAGCGCCCUCCAUGGCCGUGGAUGUGGAGGCGGAGCGGCGGGCGGCGCAGGCGGCGCUGCUGCAGGCGCUGGCAGUGGUGCGGGCGCAGGAGACGCCGGAGGAGCGGCAGGCGCGGCAGCAGCAGGAGCGGCGGGCCGCGAAGCGGCCGCAGGGGCAGAGGAGCAAGCAGCAGCAGCAGCAGAAGCGGCGGCGGACCUCGGAGGGGCGGGAGGCGGCGCCGCGCGACCACGGCGACGACGAUGAGGGGGAGGAGGAGGCGCCUUUGGCCAAGCGGCGGCGGCGUCAGCAGCCGCAGGCAGCACCGCGCUCUGGGAGCAGCGCAAGGCAGGGCAACGAGAAGCGCGACAGCCGCCGGGACGCCAGGAGGGCUGGAGGUGGCUGUGGCGGCGGUGGCGGCGGCAGCGGUGGCGGCGCGGCGGCGGGGCGGCAGGAGGCGGGCAGUUUGGAAGGGCACUCCGAGGGCUCGGAUGAAGACGGCGAGUGGAGCGAGCACAGCAGCUCCGAGGGUAGUGAGGGCUGGGGCGCCGGCGGCGCGGCGGACGUCGCGGCGGCGGCUCGGCGGCAGCAGCAGUCUCGGAAAGGCGCCGGAGCGAGCGCCGGGCGGCGGCGCAGCGCGGCGCGGCGGCUGGCAGCGAUGCAGGCGGCGGCGCGGAUUGCCCUGGGGGUCACAGCGGCGGCAGCGGCGGCGGCAGAUGUUGUGCUUGAUGAGGAUGAGGCAGAGGAGGACGAGGAAGCGGAGGAGGUGGAGGAGCGGCGAGGCAAGCGGAGUCGGCUGGCGCCGGCGGCAGCAGCUGCUGCCAGCGCGGACGUGUCGGGGCGGGCGCACCGUGCUGGUGGCGGUGGCGGUGGCGGUGGCGGUGGCGGUGGCGGUGGCGGUGGCGGUGGCGGUGGCAGCAGUAGCAGUAGCAGCAGCGGGCAAGAUGACGGCAGCGCUGGCGGCGGUGGCAGUAGCAGCGAGAGUGCGAGCGAGAGCGACGAGGAUGAGGAUGACGCUGAUGAGGACAUGGGCCGCCUCGUUGCCGCCGCAGGUGCAGAAGCCGACCUGCAGCAGCACGGCGACGGCGGCAGUAGCAGCGCCACAUACAGCGGCUCUGAAGGCGGCAGCAGUAGCAGCCGCAGUGGCAGCAGCGGCAGCGGCGGCAGCAGUGGCGGCGAUGCAUCGGAGGGCGAGGGCGAGGAGGCGGCCGCCACAGCAGCCGCGGUGGGGUGGGCGCGGGGACGCGGCCGGGGGCGGGGGCGUGGGGCGGCGGGGCGAGGGCGCGCCCCGCGUGCUGUUGCAGCUGGGGAUGCUGAUGGUGGAGGCAAGGAGGGGGAGGGAGAUGAGGAUGGAGGCAAGGAGGGGGUGGGAGAUGAGGAGGGGGGCGAGGAGGUGUUGGCAGCCAUCCGGGCGGCGGCGGCGCGGCAGCGCCAGCAGCAGCAGCAGCAGCAGCAGCAGAGCAAGCGAAGGUAGUGCUGUAGCUGUGUGUGGGCCAGGGGCUGUUGGGCCCGUCCGUAGCGGCGUGUCACCUGAGACUCUCGAGGCUUUUGGUGUGCCGGCUGGGUUGGAAGGUGCUGUGUGGCGUCGAGAAUGGGCCGCGGGCACAGCGCUCAGCACGGCAGCUGCGGUGGCGGCCGUUUGUUGUGCGGCUGCCGCGCAGCCGCCUGUGCGAGUGCGUGUGCGUGUGUGUGUGUGUGUGUGUGUGUGUGUGUGUGUGUGUGUGUGUGUGUGUGUGUGUGUGGACGUGCCUGUUGCUGACUGUCCAUCGCCAAGGGGUCAGGAUUGGUGUUGCUGAUUGCCGGAUGGAAAUGCCGAUUAGGAAACGAAGGGCCCGCUCGUGUGCACUGAAACCAGGAUCCAGAGGGCGGGCGGUACU